AAGACUAGAGGUAAUUGCCGUAGAUUUCGAGUCUUCAUUUUCUUCCGAAUGAAUUCUUCACUUUUUUUCAAUUGAGCUACAAAGUAGUCAAUUGAUCAAUCAAUUGGUACUCAAGGUACACGAUGAUUAUAUGCGAUAAUUAACAACUCUAUUGUUAAGUUCUUGUAUAUUCUGUCCAUUUGAUCAUGUCAUCAAAAAGGGGAUUUGGUGAUAUUAUGGUCGCUCUGAGGAAGAAGAGUACUAAUUUCAGCCACGAGAAAUUAGAACAAUCACCAUCAACCUCACAAACAAGUUCACCAAAUGGCACAAAUCAAGAUUACAAUAUCCACUCCAACCAAUAUACGGAAGAUGCCAUAUCUCCACUCUCGCGACCUCCAUCGUAUACGACAGUUGUUAGGGAGGAUGAAGCUCUCGCGUUAAAAUCAAAUGGGCAGCCUGAUUCCAACAUACACCCUGACCAAGAACUCGAAUCCACUGAGACUCGUAUUCUCAACCUUGCCGCAUCAUAUUUUCCUCCUAUACCAUCCGAUACCGUCUUCCCGCCAUUGCCAAAGCCGGUUUUGAUCCCUCGUGUUAACCCAGGCCCUCAAAUCCCGUUCGCACGAGCGCGGGUCCCCGAACUAGCCAAUCAUGCCAUCACUCAAGAGGAUUUCAUAACUUUCAUCGACAAUCUCAACAUCGUGAUAAGCCCACAUCCUGCAAUUCAUGUUGUUGAAAUUACUGCACUCAUCAUCGGCUGCAUUCCUUUUCAGGGAGCCGACGGGGUCGCAGCCGGUUUAGGGCUCUUAGCUGUCAUCGCCACGUUCGCUACAACGUAUAAACGUUGUAAGAAGUACCUUGAGUUGAUGAACGAGAACUACUUUCAUCCACGUAAACUACAUGUUAAAAUUAUCAAAUCCAAGCGGAUGAUGCAGAUGUUCAAUCUCGAAAAGAAGAACCCUCUCGUGAUUCCCCUUAGUCAAGACACUCUUGACUUAAGCUCCCAGGAGAGGUGCCUCAAGUACCUUUCUCAAUGGUCGUGUGAUUUGUCGUUCGACGAUAUACCCGCCCCAAGCCCGCAGACGAAUAUGCUUAGGAGGAUGGCCGCCUGGGAAGUCAGGCGUAAAAUUUCGGAAGCCGACAAGAAAGCCAAGAGCUCUAGGAAGCGUGCUUGGAAGAAGCACCUUAAGGGCAAACAGCUUAAGGAAAAUAGUCUUGAAAAGAAUCGAAUUAAGUCGCUUGAUUGGAUUCUGAUUCAAAAUUUAGAUGAGUGGGAGGCGUCAAAGGCUGAGAAGCAGGCAAUGAAAGAGAAGAAGAAGCGAGAGUCUAGUUGGCGAACUAUUCGCUGAGAUGAGCCAUCAAGUCUUUUUCUUAUUGGAUGUGACCUUCGAUAUCGCCAGCCGAAUUUCUUAUAUAUAAUACCAUGAGACCGGAUGCUUUUUUACGGUCGAGGUUACCGAGUAUAUAAAUAUUUAUUGUAUUUAUCCCGUUAGAUCUCUCAAUGUCCGACGCCUCGAUGAAAACUAUACAGGCAUCAACCCAGCGAAUUCCCUAUUCACCAGCUGAACUAUACAAGCGCUCCGCCCUUACUCGCCAUCAACUUCCCUUCAACGCAGCUUCAUCCAUGAAACAUUCAAGCCUCUUUAGAACCAUCAUAACGGGGAUCCUUCAAC